GGCCAAAAACCAUGCGCAAUAAUCUGAUUAAUUAACGCGUUGUAGACACGCGGAUUCGACAGUAUAAAUAGCGGCAACUCGUUCUCACAUCUCGUCAAACACCUACAACACCUGAACCAGCUGAGAGCUAGCCAAGAAUUCGAUCGGGCGAGAUGAGCGUGGAGAUUUUGGAUGGGAGGACGGUGGAGAGCUUCGUGGAGGACGAGGGGGCCUUCAACUCGACGGUGGACGACCGGUUCGCGGCGCUGGACGGCGACCGGGACGGCAGGCUGUCCUACGCCGACAUGGCCGGUGAGCUGAUGAGCCUCCGCGUGCUGGAGACCCACUUCGGCGUCGACGGCGCCGCCGCCACGGACGCCGAGCUCGUCGACCUGUACCGCGGCCUGUUCGCCCGGUUCGACCGCGACGGCGACGGCGCCGUCGACCGUGAGGAGUUCCGCGCCGAGAUGAAGGAGGUGAUGCUCGCCGUCGCCAGCGGCCUCGGCUUCCUCCCCGUUCAGAUGGUCGUCGAGGAAGGCAGCUUCCUCAAGAGGGCCGUCGAGAGGGAGCUCGCCAAAGCUGCCUGAUCAUCGCCAUCGCCAUCGCCAGGCGUCAGAGAUUCUGCCUACAGAUUUGCAGGUGUAUCGAGAGAUUUUUGUAGUAUUUACAGAGUGUAUACUAAUCAAGUGCGUACUGUCCUCUUGCUGAAAUGGCAUUUCAGCCUUUCAGCUAUGUAAUCCGGGAUGGAAAAUUUUGUUUGAUCUGAAUUAUUUGGUGUCAGCAAUAAAAUCAACGUUUCGAUGAAACGAUUUCGAGUACUACAAACAUGA